UAGAAAUCGGAAAACCUAUAAAAGUUACACAUUUUUUCUUCCAUGAACUUUUAUUCUUUUUUUCCCCACAUUUAAUAACAUUAUGUCCGCCAACGAUCGCUUAAACACUAUUAAGGGCCAUUUGUCCGGUAACUAUACUAAGGGUUUAUUAGCUGGUGAAGUUGCUAUCAUCACUGGUUCUGGUCAAGGUAUUGGUAAGAGCUGUGCUGAAUUAUUCGCCCGUGAAGGUGCUUUGGUAGUUGUUACUGAUAUUGACGCUGCCAAGUCUGAUCAAGUUGCUGCUGACAUUAAUGCUGCUGGUCUCAAGGCUAUUUCUAUUCCCGGUGAUAUUCUCGAUGUUUCCUUCCCUGAACGUUUGAUUGAAGAAACUGUCAAGGCUUUCGGUAAAAUCAACCAUAUUGUCAACAAUGCUGGUUUCACUUAUGAUGGUAUGCUUCACAAGAUAACUGACAAGCAAUGGGACUUGAUGCUUGCUGUUCACAACACUGCUCCUUUCAAGAUUAUCCGUGCUGCCUCCAAGUACCUUCGUAAGAAGGAUAAUGAAAACAAGAGCAUUGUCAACGUAUCUUCCACCUCUGGUCUUCAUGGUAAUGUUGGUCAAGCUAAUUAUGCUACUGCCAAGGCUGGUAUUGUUGGUUUAACCAAGACCGUUGCUAAGGAAUGGGGUAUGUUUGGUGUCCGUUGUAACACUGUUGCAUUCGGUUGGGUUGAUACUCGUCUUACUCGUGCCAAGGAAUCUGGUGCUUCUAUUGAAGUUGAUGGUCAAAAGGUCUCCCUCGGUAUCCCUACCGGUAACAAGAAUGCUGCCAAGAUCAACCCUUAUGCUGAUAUCCCUCUUGGUCGUGCUGGUACUGCUGAUGAGGUUGCUGGUUCCGUCUUGAGUCUCUGUACUCCUUUGACCAGCUAUAUCACUGGUCACACUCUUGAAGUUACCGGUGGUCGUGGCAUCUAAGUCAUCACUUGGUUUGCAUUGUAAAUUACUUUUUUUAAUCAAAAAUUGAGACGCAGCAUACACAGUUGUAAAAUAGAAAAGGAAUAAUAAAGACAAAGUGCGGUCAUUUUUUGUACAAGU